AUGGGUUUGGGAUCAUUCUGUUCGCUUGGUGCUGUCCAUUCGCGUCGAGUUCCAUCUCUUGGUGGCUAUGGUAAGUAUCACGGUGAAAUCAUACUCCUUGUUGGAUGUUUUAGUGGGAUGGUGUUUGGAGGGAUCCAUUGUCUAGGCUGGAAUUCUUCGUUCCAGAAUCACACUGAACAGAUACUAUGGCAUGCGGCUUCCCUUGCGGUAGCGUGUGCACCGCUUUACAUUUAUUUUCUAUUUUGCUAUAAGAAUUGGUUGACCUUUAUGAAUGAUUGUAACAUAUAUUUCAUGUUAAUUACUGCAAGCAUCAGCGCUUUCAUAUAUGUUGCUGCACGUCUUACAUUAAUUGUACUUAUGCUGCAGAGCUUGCGAUCACUGCCUCCUGGCGUGUACGAUACAGUAGUUUGGAUCAAGUUUGUUCCGCAUCUGUAG